UCUGUGGAAGGGUCACCGAACCGGAACCGGUUAGCUCUGUUUUUCAACUGACAAAUGCCGCCAGACCUGCUGAGCUUUUGCAGCAACUUUGUAUUUUUUUUCUGAUUUCCAACAUCCGCAGUUUUUUUGGGUUUUUACUCAGUGUUUUAGGGUUUAUUUACAGGGCGCUCUUUAUUUAUCGCGAGCUCUGUCUUUUAGGGUUUAUUUGUGAAGGGCCCUGCCUUACAGAUAGUUCACAGGUCGGCUCAGUAUUCGGGUGCGUGAAGAGGGAAAAAAGCCUUGAAAGUGCCGUUAAUUUUUUGCAUGACGAGCUGCUGAAUACGAACCAGUCUCACACCAUUGCCAUCACCUUGCCCUUGUGAAGGCAGAUAUGGAUAAAGUUUUCAAAGCUGAUAGAAAAUUGAAAGCACUCACAUCCUGUGACGAUGACCUCUUCAAACAAGGAGCUGAACCCACAGAAUUAUGUGACCAACAAAGCCUGAGCCUUUUGCUUCACAAUGCAGUCCAGAUCCCUCGGCAGCUGGGUGAGGUACCUUCAUUUGGAGGCAGCAACAUUGAACCAAGUGUCCGCAGUUGCUUCCAACAUGGCCAGAACAAACCAGAGAUUGAUGAUAAACACUUUGUAGAGUGGAUGAGAUUGGAGCCUCGGUCCAUGGUGUGGCUGCCUGUUCGACACCGUGUGGCAGCUGCUGAAACUGCAAAACAUCAGGCUAAGUGUAACAUCUGCAAAGAGUACCCACUCGUAGGUUUCAGGUGCCGCAGCCUCAAACACUUAAAUUAUGACAUCUGCCGAAGCUGUUUCUUUUCGGGACGCACAUCCAAGGGGCACAAGUUACAUUACCCAAUGGUGGAGUACUGCACUUCAGUGAGUAAUACAUUGUUCCACUUGAUAGAAUUAUUCCGAUCUGUGGAAACUUAG